AUGAGUGUGACACCGUUUGUGCAGGCGAUGCUUGAUCCAGUUUUGACAAAUCCGUUUCAUCAAUUGUCCACUUGGUUUAAAAACGAAGAUCCUACAACAUUUGAAACAACACAUGGGAGGGUUUUGUGGGAUUAUACUGCACGUGAUCCCAAGUUUAACAACUUGUUUAAUGAGUCCAUGGCAAGUGAUGCUCGAUUUGUAACUAAUUUGUUGCUUGAGAAGGGUAGGGAAGUGUUCGAUAAAUUGGAGUCAUUGGUUGAUGUUGGAGGAGGCACAGGGACCAUGGCAAAGGCUCUUGCCAAUUCUUUUCCAGAAUUAGAGUGCAUUGUAUUUGAUCUCCCACAUGUUGUUGAUGGUUUGCAAGGAAGUGAUAACCUAAACUAUGUUGGUGGAAACAUGUUUCAAGAAAUUCCUCCGGCAGACGCUAUUUUAUUGAAGUGGAUAUUGCAUGAUUGGAAUGAUGAAGAAUGUGUGAAGAUAUUGAAAAAGUGCAAGGAAUCAUUGAAGAAGAAAGGUAAAGAAGGAAAAGUGAUUAUCAUAGAGAUGGUGUUAGACAAUGAGAAGAAAAAUAUUAAUGAAUCAGUUGAAACUCAACUCCUGUUUGAUAUGUUUAUGAUGGUAUUACUCACUGGAAAAGAGCGAAACAAGAGAGAAUGGAUUAAGUUGAUUACUUCUGCUGGUUUUAGUGACUUUAAGAUAACUCCAAUUUUAGGUUUAAGGUCUGUUAUUGAAAUCUAUCCAUAA